UUAAUAACUUUAAUUUUAAGGGGGCGAUUCACCAUUGCGGUUUUAGCAACCUUUGGCCGGUCGGCUCCCAUAAGCGCAAUGUUAAUUUCACGCUUGCAGGCUUGUCGAAUUCAAAUGAUCAUAUUCCAACAGUGCUCACAAAAUGUGCUCAUAAAAAGUAAUAUUUUUUUACGGAAAUCUAUUGACAACUAAUCAAUCUAGGGUUCUCGAUUUUUUAAUUUCCUCUAAAAAAAUCUGUUCAACGGGCGGUUAAAAAUCACUAAUUUUUGGACUUUUUGCCAAGUCCCCUACACUAUAUUAUUUAAUAUUUUCAACAUUUAAAAAACGGCAAUCCUAGAUCACCAUUUGAGGAAUACACCAAUACUCUAAAAUUUAGGAUAACUUAAUUCUGUGAGCAGUGAUCAUUUGAAUUCCACGCCCUGUUUUCAUGGUCAGCGGUGUGUUAGAGCACCCCCUUAAUAAAAUAUACUCAAUUGUCGUAUGUGUUAUCAAUGAACCAAUUAAAAUUUAGGAUAAUUACUUUACUUGCUUAUUACCGCUGCUCUUGUACUUAUUACUCCUUAUAAACCUCAUGAGUGUUACUCUCUACAUCAUGGAAUGUUAGGUAGGUACCCUAAAUCAUGAGUGUUACUUGGUAGUUUUAAGGGAAAAUUGUUUAAACUACAGAUAUUUUGGCAUAUUUAACAUAUGUUUUAGAUAAGUAAGAACAGAAGUACUCUAAAACUCAUUAUUAAGACAAAAUAAAAUUUUUUGGCGAGUGAAACUCAAAUUGAAAAAAUCUCAUAAAAAUUCAUGUAAGUAAUACAAUGUAUUUGCUUGCGUUCUCACAGAAAAAAGUCCAACAUUUUUCCAGAUCCCCUUUUGGCUGGUAUAUGUGUGCCCUCCAGACCUUCUUCCUUCUUCCCAUAUAAAAAGAGCUUUCAAAUCUCGUUUUCUCCAGGACCCCUAGGAUGGCAGUUACGCAGAUUACGCUCCCAAAUAACUGACUAUUCGGUUCUAACGUAGAGUUUUAUAUUUUAGGCUACUACUAGCUUCUCUACAACUACAAUGAGGCUUAGCGGUGCGGAGUACAAGAAACGGGCGAAGAAGAAACUCGAAGAACAAGAACGUGUAUUGAAACAAACCAAAAGGCUAGAUUUGUUCUUUAAGACGCCAGGAGAACAAGAGAUUGCACCAGUACUUGAAGGACCUGCACUUGACGAUUCCAUAUUUUGACUGUUUCAAUUCUUCACAAAUUUCUUGUCUUACAUUUUGAGCCAUUAAUUCAAUGACUUCUUCACACGUUUGGGAAGAGAGAUAGUUUGUAUGACCACUUUGUAUGAGACGGCCGGCCAGCUGGACGACAAUGUUUCAGCUGGGCCAAGCUGCUCAAAUCCACCAGCUAACCUAGCAAGUUUAAACGAAGACAUCAUCAUAGCUCACGAGAUCGCCACUGAAAGCCUUUCGUUGGAGCUGCUGUCACCCUGCUGUUCCAGCGAAGAUCCAGCUUUCUGGGUUUUGAAUGAUGCAACUCGAGAUUCAAUCGCAAAAAAUGGGUUCAACCAAAAUAUCGACCUGGAUUUCUCAAACAGCGUCAGAGAAUACAAGGAUCAAAAACGAUAUUUAUCCAAAUCUCUGUUUCAACGAACAUUGAAAAAUGGAGAGGUUCAGGACAGAAAGUGGAUGGUAUUCUCAAAAAGCAAGGGUUCUGUUUAUUGUGGCCCUUGUUUGGCAUUCAAUUUCAAAGAGAAAUCCCAGUUUGAUUGUAAAGACGGAUUCAACGACUGGAAAAAUGGUGAAAGUCGGGCCAGUCAUCACGAAAACUCACCAAUUCACAAGUCGGCAAUCAUUACUCUAAAAUCACGAGAAAUUGCUCUGAAACGUGUUGGCAGUAUGUUAACUGAGCAGCUAGACAAAGAAACCAAUUAUUGGAAAAAGGUUUUGGCCAGGGUUAUAGCGGCCGUUAAGGCCUUGACAUCAAGAGGCCUUGCAUUAAGAGGCGAUGAUGAAAUCUUUGGAUCAAACAGAAAUGGAAAUUUUCUUAUGGCUUUAGAGCUUAUCUCCGAAUUCGACCCUUUUUUAGCUACUCACAUUGAAAAAUAUGGUAAUUGUGGAAGUGGUCAUACAAACUAUCUCUCUUCCCAAACGUGUGAAGAAGUCAUUGAAUUAAUGGCUCAAAAUGUAAGACAAGAAAUUUGUGAAGAAUUGAAACAGUCAAAAUAUUUUUCUCUCAUAGUUGAUUCAACCCAGACAUGUCUCAUGUAG